AAUUGCACAAAGACGUUUUAAUAAAAAUAUUCCACGUAAUAAUUAUGCAAAUAAUACACUAAAUUAUUCUGAAUUUAAAGCAUCAAUAUGUCAUCUACUAGUUAACAAUACAAAUGUAAAAAAUUUUCAAUCUUGUCUAACUGAAACUGAGCGAAUUGAUGAUUGUAUUAAACGAAAAUUUAUGGAAGCACGAUAUUCAGAUAAAUCAAUGCUACGAACAUCUAAAAAAAUACUUGGACAAAUAAAUAAAUUGGAUUCUGGAUGUCACGUUAAAAAGUUGAAUGAAAAUACAAAUAUUGUUUGUGUUAAAAAAUCAAAUACAUCAUUUGUCAAUGAAAUAAAUAAGUAUACUCCAAAAUCACCAAUAAUAAAACAGUAUGCUAAAUCACUUUAUAAUUAUCUUGACAGAGGUCAAUUAAGUUCAAGUAUUUUACAUGAAAUUGAAUCAUUAAUUCACGUUUAUAAUAAAGGAUUUAUUGAAAAUACACGUCUACUAAAAAUGUCAAAAUCUAAAUCAAAUAAUUUAAGUAAAUAUAAAAAACAUGAAAAAUCAUUAAAUAAUUAUAAAAAGAAUUUGCUUGAUGUAAGUUUGCGUUCGGCAAUAAAUUUACAUUCAACAGCAAUGACUGUUGAAAAAUCAUUGGUUGAUAGUGCAACUGAAUUGCCAGGAAAUAAUUUAACAGAAUAUGUAAUUACAAUGAAAUGUAUUGUUCCUCUUUUGACAGCUGUAUUUGAUGAACAAUCAAUGGAACCUUAUACUCAAAAUUAUUCAUAUGAUAAUCAAGAUGUUGAUAAUUUUUGGAAUCAACAUAGUCAACGAAAAUCAAACGGAAAUAUGUCUAAAGUGUAUGUUUAUCCAUUGAAUAAUUUAACUAAUUCACUCAAGCGAAUUACUCAAACACAGAUGAUGAGAAAACCGAGUACAAUUUCAAAACUUGCCAAUACAUUUUUAUUGGCAACUAUAUUUUAUGAAUGUAUGUCUAUAUUGGCUGUUGCAAUGUAUCGUCCUGAAACUAUUGGAUCUCUUGAAACACAAACGAUUAAACCAGUUGAUAAUUAUUAUACAACUCAAAGACCAUGGACUCAUCAGAUUGAACCCAAUGCUGAUGAAGAAGAAUAAUAUCCCCCAGCUAAUAUUUCGUUAAAAAAAAAAUAUUUAAUCAGCACUUGA